AAAGAAAGGUGUCUCGAGUCAAAAGAGACAACGCGCAAAGAGAAGAGAAGAGAAGAAACGAAAGAGUCUUUUAUCUUUCCAUAUAUCUAUCUCCCUCUCCUUUAUUUCUUCUCAUCCAUUAUCAUCGGGGUGAAUCUAGGGUUUUGUUUUCUCUCGCAACCCCCUAGAUACAUUCCUUUCAUCGUGUUCCUCCUUUAUUAUCUCUCUCUCUCUCUCUUUCAUCUCCUUAGCUCAUCAUCACGACUUCAAUGGAGGGAGCGGGAGACAAGACGACGUCGUCUGACGACGGGCAUUUGACGUCAGCAGCAGCUUUUGUUCAAGGGGGAAUCCAAGAUCCUUGUGAUGAUGCCUGUAGCAUUUGUCUUGAACUCUUCUGCGAUUCUGAUCCUUCAACUUUGACUAGUUGCAAGCAUGAGUUUCAUCUUCAAUGCAUCCUUGAGUGGUGUCAAAGGAGUUCACAGUGCCCAAUGUGUUGGCAAUCAAUUAGUCUCAAAGAUCCCACUAGUCAGGGGUUGCUUGAGGCUGUUGUACAGGAGAGGAGUUUCCGCUUCAAUCCACCUAGAAACGCCACCAUAUUUCGUCAUCCAACUCUUGGUGAUUUUGAGUUACAACAUCUCCCAGUAGGGGUGGAUAAUGCAGAGAUUGAAGAACGUAUCAUUCAGCACUUGGCUGCUGCUGCUGCUAUGGGCCGAGCAAGACAUGGUGCAAGAAGAGAAGGUCACAGAAGCAGGUCAUCAACUCAAGGUCAUCCACAGCUCAGGGUGUUCUCUCCGCAUUCCAAUGCUUCUCCACCUCAUCCUCCAAUGCCUUCCUCUCCAUCCCAAAGAGAUGAGAGUGAAACAAUCACAAACCUUCCUAUUUCUCAUCAAAAUACUUUAGGGGAGGGAUCUCUUCAUUCAAACAUGCAGCCACCAACUUCUUCUCAACCCCGCCAGGUUUCUCCUUCAAACAGCAGGUCUCCUAAUCAGCAUACCUCUAGUGAUCAAGAUAGAGCUGGACCAUCAGAGCUCCAAUCAUUUUCAGAAUCUCUAAAGUCUCGACUAAAUGCUGUCUCAAUGAGAUACAAAGAAUCAAUAUCAAAGAACACGAGGAGCUGGAAAGAUAGAUUCUUUUCACGCAGCACUUCCAUUGCAGAUCUUGGCUCUGAGGUUAAAAGAGAGGUCAGUGCCGGAAUCGCCACUGUGUCCCGCAUGAUGGAACGUUUAGAAACGAGAGAAGACAGUACUAGACCAGGGACUGAACCUGUAUCAUCAAAUGGCUUAGAUAACAACACUCCUGCUGAACCAAACAAUGAGCAUAGUAGAAGAUCAGAAGCGGGUGAUGCACAUUCUUUGAAUGAAAGAGGUGUUAAAGGAACAUGUGCGGCUGCAUCUGGUUCUGGCUAAUAAAACUAGUGCCAGCAUCUUGUUGGCAAAGAGACGAGAAGAUGUUUUUAUUGUGAAACUAUGCUAUAUAUAAAUAUACCGAGUCUGAAGUUCAGAGGUGUGGGAGCAUUAGGAAGAGUUUUUGAUUCUAAAAUAAUAAUAAAAAGUUUAUUUAAGACCAAAAUGAGGAUUGCUUCAGAGAUAAACCCCAUGUGUCGUGCGUUGGUCUGUAUGUUGUUAU